CAGGCACAUUACGCGGGCAUUAUCCGCCCAAACAGGGCAAGCAUGCCCAUAUAUGGCCACCGCAAAUCCGCCAUUGGCGGGCAGCCCGAGCUUCUCCACGACUGUGAGACUCCGUGUCUGCGUAUUGCGCCUGGGCUAGCUGCGUGUUGCCUGGACAGACACUCACCAUGUCAACGCGUCGUCUGAGCACCGUCCACGAUCUCGCGUCUCUUCGUCUGCAUCCCGACGGAACUCGCGUCCAGAACAGCGAGAAGAACCUGCGCAUCCGCGCAUCCAAAUACGCAGCGCAGGACACCAAGGGCAAUUGGUUUGCGCGCGACGCAGGCGGGACAGGCAACGUCAAGCAGCGAUGGGCAAAACCACGCGAUGAGGACGCGGACGAAGAGAGUUCGAGUACGGAUGAGGACGAACUACCGGCGAAGAAUAAGGGGAAACAGCGGGCAACAGAGGAUAAUGAGGAGGAACAGCUAAAGGACAAUAGGGCACGGAAGCGGCGACGGUUCUACGAGGAUGAGUCUUUCAUUGCGGCUACACCGUCAGGCGGUCCUUCAGCUCAGGGCAGCCCGAAGGCGUCUUCAAGUAGACUAUCCGAGUCGGAACCUCCUGCGGACUGGGUGCUCCCUACGCCAUCAGCUGAAACGUUGAAAUGCAUGCACUACUUCGCUUGCAAUUAUUACACAGCCAUGGGACAGCUACGCGAUAGCACCAAAGGGGCCCGCCGAUCUAAGAAAGCCAGGCGGAGAAAGAGACUCCAGGAGGAGGAAGACGGCGCAAGAAGCAGCGAACCCCCUGACGAGCCUGCUCCCCAUGAGAGUUCUACAGAGGAAGAGUCUAGUUCGGCUUCGGAAAGCGAGGACGAUGAGGAUGAAGACGCAAAUGGUGGCAACUACAAGCCGCAGAUGCGUAGUCGAAGACAGAGGAGAGCAAGUCCUGACAUGUACAAAGCCUUCGACGGAUCCGCUCUCAUGGCAAUCUCAAUGUUCGUGCAGGAACAUAUCGCGCAGCUGUUGUCCGCAGACGUACCGGAUGAGUGGGACGCAGAGAUGGAGGCAGACAGACAAGCUCAGCGUGGCAAGCAAGCAGCACUCAACAGUCUCCUCGAGAGCCAGCAUGGGCGGCCGAGCUGGAAGGUCCGAAGUCGAAAAGCGAAGGACGUCGGGGACGAGGAGGUGGCUGAGGAGCCUGACAAAGACAAAGACAUAGAGACACCCGGUAGGCGGACCAGAGGCGUUGUUCUGCCCAAGGUCUCGGUUCCAUUUUUGGAUGACAGUUCGGAGGACGAGGACUAUGUCCCAUAGGUUCGUUGUAUAGCCAAUUGUCGUAGAUAUUUCGCAGCCCACCUGGCAGCGGAGACCUCUGCAGCACUUCGAGCUACAGAUAAGGGCUGUCAUAUUGAAUACAUACAUACCUGGCCGUCGACU